AUGGCAGCAAUGGAGGAGCUGCAGAUUCAUAGCAAGUCUUACUUUGUCCGAUGGAUCCAUGUCAGCGCGGGCAAUACCAUCUCAUGGAGUAUUCAACCACAUAAGAAGUCCGUGAACUUUGGCAUUUUCAAGCAUCCAGGACAAUCCUCACUGGCAUCUCAUUUGCCUACCUCCGAUUCUCAUAGCAACGAUUCCAACGAGAACCUCCCCGCUACUACUGCGACUGCGAACUCGAACUCCGCCCGCAAUCAACAGUUAACAGUCAUUGAGAAGCUGACGGCCAUUGGUCUUAAGUCAAUCAAGUGGAUUGGGAAAUGCGAAGCCGAUAAGGUCUCCAAGGGAACUUACGAUGUGACCGCCAACGAAUCCGGCAAUUAUGCGCUCGUCUUCGAUAAUACCUUCUCUAAACAAGUCUCCAAAACGGUCACUCUUGUUCUGCUUACCUACCCAACUGGUCUGCAGCCCAGAGCUCAUGCUUCCUCCACAGCCUCCAUCAAUCAACCUCAACCCGGUGCUUCAUCCGAGUCACUACCACACUCUAUUGGUCGCCGAAGAGGCAAUAGUCGCGCUACUCUGAUCGCCCAACGCUCUGACUUGUCCACUCCCUCGAACAUACAUAGUGGUAUACUACAGAAGCGCCGCCGAAAGCGUGGCCAGGGUUGGGCACGUCGGUAUUUCUCUUUGGACUUUACCUCGUCCACUCUCUCUUAUUACCAUGAUCCCAAUUCGGCUGCUUUGCGCGGUGCGAUUCCCCUCUCGUUGGCGGCUGUAGCUACCAACGAGAAGAGUCGUGAGAUUUCAAUUGACUCGGGUACGGAGAUCUGGCAUCUUCGUGCCAGCAAUGACCAUGAGUUUAUGUCAUGGAAGCAGGCACUAGAAAGAGCGUCUAAGGAAAAAUCGCAAGAUGAGAGCGCGGUUCAUCUUGGUCCUCCCGAGCUACGAUUGACCAUGCCUCUAGCGGCCUCUCCAGAGGAGGAGCGUGAAUGGACUCGAGUUGAGAAGCUCUUGGGUCAGGUUUCUGGAACACGAGAUGCGGUGCGCAGACUUGCUAAGGAUACUGAUCCUAAGUACUUUGUAUCACCGCUCCCUUCUGAACCUCGUAGCCGUGGUCGCUCUCCAAGCCCCCACCCUCCUGGUGCUGAUGGGCAAGGAGAUGCAAGACGCCCUUUCUGGAAACGCAAGACCAGUGGUAACUCGGCUCAUAGUGGCAAGCAACCGAAUUCCACUAUCUCUCAGCUUGUAGUCCCCGGUGGAACUGGCAAGCCUGCUAGCAUCAUGAGCCACUCUGAUGGCAUGGACCAAAUUCAUGAUAACCUCAUGGCGGUUUUGCGUGAUCUUGAUAGUGUGGUUUCGGAAUUCUCUUCCCUUGUCACAGAGAGCAAGCAACGGAGACACCCGCCCCGAUCUGCAAUGGUACCACGGCGCAGUAUGGAGUCUGAUCUCUCGCAGGAAUUCUUCGAUGCUAUGGAUGGAGGCGCUGCAUCUCCACUCUUAACCAUCCAAGAUAGCGAUGAUGAAGACGCCACUGAAGAUAAGCCUGGUCCUGCAGUCGAAGAUGUAGAGGAUGAUGCGCCCUCAGACAGUGAAGAUGAGCCUGAUUCCCCAGCUCCACACGAUAAUACUGGUGCCGCACCACUCUUCCCUUCCCGCCCUAAGACUCUUGCUCCCCUGCCUCUUGACGCUGUUCGCCGACGUCAGAACAUCACUGCACCUACCGUCAUGCCUCCAAGUCUAAUUGGAUUCCUCCGCAAGAACGUCGGCAAAGACCUAUCUCAGAUUUCCAUGCCGGUCUCCGCCAACGAGCCUACGUCUCUGUUGCAACGUGCCGCAGAGAUAAUGGAGUACUCCUCACUUCUAGACAAAGCUUCUCAAUCCUCAGACGCCGUCGAACGACUCAUGUAUGUAACCGCUUUCGCUCUGUCCUCAUUCUCAAACAGCCGAGUCCGAGAGCGUUCCAUUCGCAAACCAUUCAACCCCAUGCUCGGCGAAACCUACGAACUAGUCCGCGAAGAUAAAGGCUUCCGGUUCAUCGCCGAGAAAGUCUCCCAUCGUCCCGUGCAACUAGCAUACCAAGCUGAUAGCCGUGACUGGAGUCUCGCACAAUCACCAAUGCCUAGCCAAAAGUUCUGGGGCAAGUCCGCAGAAAUCACAACAGAAGGUCGUGUCCGCAUUACUCUCCACGGAACUGGAGAACACUACAGCUGGGUUCCAGCCACAUCUUUUCUACGGAAUAUCAUCGCAGGAGAAAAAUACGUUGAACCGGUCGGCGAACUUACAGUUUGUAAUGAGUCCACUGGACACCGCUCUAUAUCUUCAUUUAAAGCUGGAGGAAUGUUCUCAGGACGAAGCGAAGAAGUCUCGACGAGAUCCGUGGACUCGUAUAAUAAACCCUUAUCCCUGGGUUUAUCCGGUUCCUGGCCUACAUCUAUCUCAUUUACUCGAGAUGGAAAUCCUUCAGGUGCCCCGAUCUGGAAUGCAGGCACUCUGGUACCGAAUGCACCGAAACAUUAUGGUCUUACUUCGUUCGCGGCUACUCUUAAUGAAAUCACGGCUAUUGAAAACGAUAAGUUGCCACCUACGGAUUCGAGAUUAAGACCUGAUCAACGGGCUCUUGAAGAAGGGGAUUUGGAUCGUGCGGAAGAAGUUAAGGUGCAACUUGAGGAGGGUCAGAGAGCUAGGAGGAGGGAUAUGGAGGAUAUGGGACAGAGUUGGACACCUAGAUGGUUCACUAAGGUUGAGGAGGAGGUUGAUGAGGUGGUUUGGAAGUUGAAGGCUGGGAAGGAUGGAUAUUGGGAGGAAAGGGGGAAGGGAAGUUGGUCGAAUGUUGUUUCGGUUUUUAAUGUAUGA